AUGUACUCGGCCCCGUCGCCAGAUGCUUCUCAGAAGCAACGACCACAAAGUAUGCUCGGGAAACCGCCUCCCCGAAGUCAGAGUCGCAUGAGCCAGAGCAGUAAACAUGGCGGUAGCAGAGCAUCAGACGAGGAUGCGAAGUCUUCGGUCAAAGUCGUUGUUCGCGUUCGACCACCUCUUGGUCCUACAGAUCCGGGAUAUGAUCUGAUUCCGCAACGAUUUCAACGCUCCAUGGUCCAGGUAAACACAAAUACAAGCCUUGCCGUAGAAUCGCCGCAAGGAAAAAAGAUCUUCAUAUUCGACCGUGUAUUUGAGGAACACACUACUCAGCAAGGUGUUUGGGAUUAUCUGCAAGACAGUGUCGACUCAUUUCUUCAGGGCUACAAUGUCUCGAUACUUGCAUAUGGUCAAUCUGGCUCUGGCAAGAGUUACACCAUGGGCACUUCCGGGCCUAGGGAACAGUUUGAACCCAACUUGAAAGGUGUGAUUCCACGUGCCGCACAACAUCUCUUUAAUAGUCUUAAUGGUACUUCCGGUGCGCACAGUCGACAUAAUUCCGGAUUGAAAUCUCCCAUGAGGUACUCGGUGACAAGCCUGAACCAAGUAAUGCAGAAUUCCAAGUCAUAUAUGGAGAAAGGCUGGGAGAUGUCAGUCACCUAUGUUGAAAUCUACAAUGAACACCCCCGAGAUCUGCUUCUGCCCGAAGACUCGACAUUUACAGAAAGAGCCAAUGUCCAAAUUCGCGAGGAUCCCCGCGGACGGAUCUUCGUCGAGGGAUUGAACUCAGUGCGCAUCACAUCCAUAGAGGAAUUACUACGUACCCUAAAUCAUGGUUCGACGAUACGGCAAACAGAUGCGACUGCGAUAAAUGCUCGAUCUUCUCGGUCGCACGCCGUUUUCACCAUCAACCUCCGACAGACAAGAGCUCAAGGCUUCAAUGCCAAUAAACGAUCAUCAGCUCAUCUUGACAACAUGUCAAACGGCGACAUGCCCAUGACGGUGGAAAGUAAGCUUCACUUUGUCGAUUUAGCCGGGAGUGAGAGAUUGAAAAACACUGGUGCGACUGGCGAUCGUGCCAAGGAAGGGAUUUCUAUCAAUGCUGGACUGGCUAGUUUGGGCAAGGUCAUAUCUCAAUUGUCGUCGAGAUCCCCAGGAACCUACGUGUCGUACCGCGAUUCCAAAUUGACCCGGAUGCUUCAAGAUUCUCUCGGUGGCAAUGCAAUUACAUAUAUGAUUGCUUGUGUCACGCCGGCCGAAUUCCAUCUGAGCGAAACUCUCAACACGGUGCAAUAUGCUCAACGAGCCCGAAAUAUCCAAAGCAAACCCAAGAUUCAACAGAUUGAUGAUGGUGGUGACAAGCAAGCUGUCAUCGAACGACUGCGAACAGAGAUCGCCUUUUUGAGGCAACAAAUUCGAAGUGCUGAGAAUGGCGAACGACGGAAUGGAAUCAUAUCUGAGCGCCCUGACCGGCCCAAUGAGCGCGAAACCGAAAUGCAGAACCAGUUAUUAGAUGUCCAAGAAAGCUACAACGCACUCAGCCAGCGACAUGCAAAGCUCGUAUCUGAACUCACCAAAAGUUCAGACGCUAACGACCAGAUCAACUCAAUAGCGGGUGAGAGUGCUGUGGACCGACUGAAACGAUCACAAGCAAAUCAAGCAAUGAUCGAACAGGUGGUCAUGGAAUACGAGAAGACAAUUCAGAGUCUCGAGACAAACCUUUCCACAACCAGAGGCUCUCUAGCUACCACUGAAAGCAAUCUUCUAGAAAGAGAGACGAAAUGUGCUUAUGUGGAAACAAUGAAUCAACAACUGAAUGCUCGAGUCCAGAAGCUGAUGGAUAGGGAGUCGAAUACAGAGCAAUAUCUGCAUGAUUUGGAAUCGAGACUCGAAGACCAAAGCUCUGGUGGUGAAAAGAACGAUGCCGUUAUCUCUGAAUUACGAAAAGAGAUUGCGAGAAUCCGCGAGAGCGAAACAAAUGCUGAAGACUACAUUUGCACACUUGAAGAGCGCCUCGCUGAAUGUGAUCAGGAUAUGGAGAUCAUGCAGCGAGAAGUUGAGCGACUUGAACACCUGGUGGAGCGUCAGAGAAGUCUGGGAAAGCUUGACAAUCUACUGUAUGAACUGGAUCAUAUCCAGGACAAGGAUGGAAAACCCAAGCAUCCAAAUGCACUGCCAUCCGCUUCUACUGCCGAGGAAGCGGUAGACAAUACCAGACAACAGGAGGCUUUGCAAACCGCAAAAGAAAUCGAGCUUCCUGUCCAAGACGAUGAUGAAGAACUCAACCAUGGCGCUGAAGAAACCGCGGAGGAAUCUCUACAGAAAGCUGCCAAUGCCGAGACCGAUGAACAGGGACUUCAUAAGUUGCAGAAGGCUAUGGUGGUGACAACAUCCUUAAAACCGGUUCAAGAAGAGGACAGCGCUCCAAGUCCAGCACAGUCCAGGUUUAUCACAGAGAAGUUCGAAUCUGUGAGUCAAGAAUUGUUCGAUCUUCGACUGGAGCAUGAAUCUACCAUCAACGAUUUUGACCUACUUUCCGCUAAGUACCAGGAAGCCCUGCGUACUCUGGCCGAAAUGCAAGAGCGUAUUGACGAAGAUCGACAAUCAUCCUUCUCACCACAAGUCCGAGAGUCAGAGCUUCCCCAGAGUCCAUCUUUUUUAGUGGACGAAGAAGAAGGUCGCCAGGAAUUGGAAGAUGGACAAGACUUACCCUCUUCGCGAUCACUAUCAUCGGAAUUAUCCUUGGCUGGGGAGUCAUCAACUUCAGUGGAUACAGACAUUACGCCGGUCUCUAAAGCAACCAUUUCAAGAGAUGUUGCGACUUUGGAAAUCGAGCGACUCCAAAAUCUCCUGGCGGAGCAUGAACGGAAUAUCCAUGAAGUUACGGAACAGUAUACUCGGCUACAGUCGGAUCAUAAGGAAACUUUGACAACUGUUGAGAGGCUGAAGACGCAGGUACAACGUACGAGGCCGUCAUCACCUGGCACCCCUGGUAUGCUCAGGAGGAUGACUUCGCAAAGUGGAUCUGGCGUUGAUCGAGGCCAACGUUCGGUGACAGCUCUAAGAACACUAAUGGCCGAAGAAUUCGAGUCCAAGCCUGAUCGAAUGGAAACGGCGGAAGUUCAUCUGUCAGCCGCGAACACUGAACUGCAUGCACGUCUGGAUCGGAUUCAAGCGUUGGAGGCCGAAGUCAAGAACGCUAAGAAAGAGAUGGAAAUCAAAUCGACCAUCAUUUCUGGCUUGACAAGAGAAAGAACGAGUAUCAAAACCGGCUCUCCCGUAGAUUUGAAUAUGGUUUCUCAACUUCGAGAUCAGAUCAUUCAAAAGGAGACUGAACUCAAAUCUCUACAUGAAGGCUAUGGCCGCCGUGAACAAGGCUUGCAGGAAGAGAUGCAAAGAUUGCUCGAAGAGAAAUCAAAGGCUGAAGAACCCUCGCUAGAACAUGAAGCACUCAUCACAUCCUUGAGACAGCAGUUGGCUGAGAUCAGCUCGAAACACCAAUCUGUUCAACAAGCUGCCGAAGAAACCGAGAAACAGUACAUCAGAACCAAGUCAGAACUCGAUGCCGCUUUAGCUAGCGUGGUGACGCUCAGAGCUGAACAACAAGCACAAGAAACUGCAGCAGACGGCGAUGAUGCAUUUGAACGAGCUGCUGCGGCUUCCGCCAUGCAGAUUGAGCGUAACAACUACAAAUCAUUGAUUGAUAAUUUGAAGAAAGAGCUCGAAGAACAACAAAAGUUGAGCGCCGAACAAGCCGAGAAGAACAACGAACUCCGAGAGCUUCACGUCGCCCUUACCAAUGACUUUGACUCUCAAGUUGAGUUGUCUAAAUCGCAACAACAGUAUAUCCUUUCUCUGAAAGCUGAAAUUUCACAGUUGGAACAGAAGGUUACAGAAGCGGAAGCGGCUGUUGAAUUACACAAGAAGAGUCUACAAUUGCUGCACGAUAAACAUAUAAGUGAGAUUGAGGAGAUGAAACUUGCCCACGGUGGCAAUCUUGCUGGCUACGAUGAUCAGAUAUCUGAGAUGAAAAUCAAGCAUGACAAGCACAUCAGCACAUACAAAGCCGACCUGGAGAAUGCCUUGUCAACGUUGCAAAAGCUUGUGUCAUGUGCUCAAAGUGCAUUCGGACAUCCGACCAACGCUGAUAUGAUCGCAACCCACAUUGAAGAUAUCAUGGAGGAGAAGCGACAAUUUGCUGCAGCUAACACUCGGUUGCUCAACACCAAUGCCGAAUUGGAACGACGUCUUGAUGGACGACAGAGUUUGGUUGAGUUGGAGGAAGAACUCGAGAAUGCCAACAAUAAGAUUGCCAACUAUCAGGAUACGAUUAGGAAUCUCGCAAAUGAAAUUGGUAAUCACGAAGAGAGCAUUCGCGACCGAGAUAAUCUUCUGAAAAAGCAAGAAGCGACAAUCGAGGCAAUCGAAGCAGAGAAGGCUAAGAAAAUGUCUCUUAUUGAAGAGCUUGAGCAACAGCUGCAAAGCAGCUAUGACCAGCACCAUAAUCGCAUCUCCGUCAUCCAGGCUCAAGGCAAUCAAGCUUUGAUUGAUGCACAACAGAGAAUUGCGGCUCUCGAGAAGGACCUUGGAGAGCUUAAACCGAUUAACGAGGCUGGUUCCGACACUGGUUCUCGUAGCAACACCAUGAAGUCACAACGUCCUCAAUCUCCACCCAUGGAUGGCCAUCCACGCUCGAACUCGAUCAGUUCGAACUUGCGCAAAUCUGCGUCCAUAGCUUCCCUGCCAUCACCUCCUCCUGCGAUACCACUCCCACCGUUACCGACCCUUCCCGGGCUUCAAGUUGCUCCGGCCAACGCAAACAAUCCUUCCCCUCCACAAUCUCGCCACGCGUCUAAAGAAAAUGUGCGCCGUCAAUCAGCCUUGAUUGAAGAGCAAGAAGCCCGCCUCCGCACGAUUGAGAAACACCUGCACGCCGAGAAACAACUGACAGCCACGUUAGAAGAAGCACUUGUUGAUCUCGAAACUCAGAGCAAUAAGCUGCGCGUGGACGCCGAAUCAUGGAAGAAGAAGGCGUGGUCCAUGGAGGAAGAACUUGCAGGCCUGAAGAAGGAACGACGAUCCGAUAGACUGAGCGUCCAGGCCGUCGAAGAAGAGGUCAAGAAGCGACGGGAGGCCGAGGCAGCACGUGCACAGCUUGAAGAAAGAAUGAAGAUGUUGACGGUCGGACGAGACGGCAAGGCCAAGAAAAGAAAGGGAAGCUCGUUGAAUUGUUUCUAA